AUGGCUGGCGAGGUCAUUGGGCUCAUCGACAUCGCCGUCAACUGGGGCAAGGAGAUAAAGGCUACGGUGGACGCCGCGAAGCACAACAAAGAUGCCUGCAGGGACAUUGGGGUGCGCGUCGCGCUGCUGGCGGAGCUGGUCGAAAGCCAGAAAAAGAAGCCCGAGCGCGAGUUGGAAAGGCUGAAGGCGUCGGUUCUGCGCGUGUCGGAGGACCUCGAAAAGGCAAAAGAUUUUCUCAAGAUGUACAACAGUGCGAGCUGGCUGAGGCGCCACGCCUUUGCAAAGGACUACAAAGAUGGGUUUUCAGCUGUGGGGGAAGCCCUGAGCAUUUCGCGUUCAGACUUUGCUGCUGUGGUGGAUUCUCUUGUGCUAGAGAAGGUCAAUGACCUCACUGCAGCAAACACAGCCAUGCAAGAGAAGUUUGACGCUGUGUUGGCAAGAGUGAGGAGCCACAAGGAGAGUGCAGACAUCAGAACAUUGGAGAUCUGUGAACGGCCAGGCCUUCCUGAAAGUGCGACUGCGCUGAAGCCCAGAGUGGAUGCCAUCAAAAAGAUGGUGUUUGAGCCGGGCUCAAACCCCACAGCUCUGGUUGGCAUGGGUGGCGUUGGUAAAACUACCCUCGCUGCCGCCUUGUGCGCGGCAGUGGCAGAUGAUUUCGAUCACAUUGUGUGGAUCAAUGUGGGGCAACGUCUUGAGGAAUCGGACAUCCUGGCGCGCCUACAACAACUGUGGAAAGAUGUCGUGAAGUCAGAUCCACCGCACAAGAGCAUCGAGGGCAUGCGCAUUGCGCUAUUGAAGGAACUGGAGAGCAAGAAGGCUCUGAUUGUCUUUGACAAUGUGUGGAAGUUUGAUGACAUCAAGAGAUUGUUGGUUGUCGGCGACCAGGGCAAGGUGCUGUUUACAACAAGAGAUUCAACGAUUGCAAGGCGGGUCCAUGCAAGAGAAUACAGGGUGAAGGAGAUGGAGGAGGAGCAGGCAGUGGAGCUCUUCUGCCGUUGCGCAUUCCAAUGCCCUUCAAUCCCAGAUGACAAGGAGGUGUACCGGCAUUGUGUGGAGGCAAUGGUUGCCGAAUGCGGAGGGCUGCCUCUGGCACUCAAUGUGGUGGGUUCAUUGGCGGCUGGCUACUUGGUGUUGGAGGAAUGGCAAGAAGGUUUGACCAAGCUCAGGAAGUCCACUGGGAUGUGCACUGAGUACGACAAGAAGGUUUUAGCCCUGCUGAGGAUGAGCUUUGACGGCCUUGAGGAUGAUGAGCAGGAUCUAUUUCUGUGCCUGGCAGGAAAUCCUGAGGGUUACCAUGUCAGUGUCUCUGACUUGGUGGAGCAGUGGGUGCUGCAAAAAUAUGAUAUGGACAGGGAGGAAGUGGAUUCUGAUGAGGAAGCACACAUUGAUGAGCACUUGACGCUCGGCUACAAAUUGUACAUGCAUCUGGUGCACCGUUCACUGGUCAUUCAUGACCCCUCUGGCAUUGUUGGUCUUCAAGGAGAGACAGAUGAGGCGUUGAUGUUGUCCAUGAUGGGAUUUCAGGAGACCGAAGUGCGGACAGCAUCCUGCCAUCUACAUGACCUGAUUCGAGAGAUGGCCCUGAUGGUGACAAGCGAGGGAGACAUCACAAAUCGGCAGCGAUUGUUUUCUUGGACCUCAAAGAGCCUACAGGCUACCACUGCAAUGGCGGUGGAGCUGUCGACCUGUUCUACCUCAGCAACCGGCCUAUUGCCAGGAGAUGUUCGCCUGCCAAAGCUCCGGUCAUUUGUUUCAAGGGCCUCAAGGUUGCAAGCUUUUCCUGAGGCAAUCCUACUCUCUGAUCUCAGGGUUCUUGAUGCAUCUUUCGCCAACCUGCAAUCGCUGCCACAGGGGCUCUCGCGCCUCCAAGGACUGCAACUACUGAGAUUGGACGGCAACACGAUUGAAACGCUGCCCCAAGAAAUCGGCCAUCUGAAGCACUUGGUUGUAUUGUCACUGCGUCUGUGCAAGAUGCUGACAGCUCUGCCAAGCGGAAUUGGAGAGUUGGGGAACCUGUCUGGCUUGCAUGUUGGUGGUUGUGCACUCCAGCACCUGCCAGAUUCAGUAGGGAACCUGCACAGUUUGAAGAAGCUUGACCUCAGCUUCUGCUCUGACUUGAAAGAGCUGCCUGUUACAUUGGAAUCUGCCAGCGAGCUGGAAUGCUUGAAUGUGAAUGGCUGUGGGCAGCUGGCAUCCCUUCCACUGCGAUUGGGGUCUCUUCUUAAGCUCAGAGUGAUCCUUGCAGUGGGAUGCACCAUGCUGACAGAAAUGCCAAAGAAGUGGCCAGACAGUUUGGAGGUUUUAGAUUUGCAGGGAUGUGAAAAUGUGAAGGAAAUACCUGAUGCAACGGAUCUUCAACAGUUGCGAAUAUUGCAUUUGUAUGGUUGCUUUGGGCUUGAGAGCUUUCCCAGCUCAGGAAUGCCUAGCCUGCAGUCGUUGGGAUUGCCUCUGGUUGACAUCUUUGAGCUAGAAUCAAAGAGAGCCGAACACAAAGAGGUUGCUAAGCAGCUCAGGACACGCUUGGACCUGGACGAUGGGGUGUACUACUUGGUGAAGGGCAAGUUCACUCCGAGUUUUCACAGAUGGCUGCAAGGAACUUCCAUGCUGAAACUCCAACCGCAGGGAGUACAGUACUCGUACAUCAAAAUGAAGGAUGCAUGGACUCCACUGACUCGUGCUGCCUACAAUGGGCAGACCUCUAUUGUGGAGUCGUUGCUUGAGAAGGGUGCUGAUGGGAAUGCACCAGAUAAGGAUGGCUGGACGCCACUGACCCGUGCAGUUGACAAUGGGCAGAGAUCUGUGGUGACGUUGCUGCUUGACAAAGGUUUCAGUGGUGAUGUGUCAGAUGAGCUUGGAUGGUCGCCGCUGGCCCGCGCAGCUGCCAGGGGCCACAAAGACAUGGUGCAGUUGUUGAUUGAACAUGGUGCAGAAGCCACUAUGGUGGAUAAGAAAGGAGUGACACCACUUGGGGGGGCAGCUGCAACUGGGCAAGCAUCUGUUGUGGAGUUUUUGCUCGAUAGUGGAGUUGAUGGGAAUGCAUCAGAUGAGAAGGGCAUGACAGGACUAAUGCAUGCGGCUCUUGGUGGGCACGAUGCCAUCGUCAAAAUGCUCCUUGACAAGGGUGCUAACACGAGCGACAGAGAUAAGGAUGGUUGGACAGUCCUUCAUUGCGCAGCUGGAGGCGGAUCCGCAGAAGUAGUCAGCUGCCUGUUGGAACGCUGCGAUGCUGCCUUGCUGAGUGCCAAGACUGAGGCAGGACACACAGCACUGAUGCUAGCGGCUUUCAAUGGGCACAGCGCUGUUUUCAAAAUGCUCUUGGACAAGGGCGCUGAUGCGAGCGUCGUGGAAAAUGACGGAGUCACAGUCCUGCAUGCUGCAGCCGUGGGAGGAUCGACAGAUGUGGUUAGUUGCGUGCUGCAGCACUGCGAUGUCUCGUGUCUGAGUGCCAAAACCAAGGAUGGACGGACAGUCCCUCAUUACGGAUCUGAAAGAGGAUCAACAGCAGUAGUCAGAGAUGCCGCCUUGCUGAGCGCCAAGACUGAGGCAGGGGAGACGCCACUGAUAAAAGCGGCCUUUGAAGGGCACAGCGCCGUUGUCAAAAUGCUCUUGGACAAGGGUGCCGAUGCGAGCGCCACGAGAAAGGACGGAGCCAGUGUCCUACAUGCCGCGGCUGCAGGAGGGUCGACAGAAGUGGUUAGCUGCGUGCUGCAACACUGCGAUGACUCCUUUCUGAGUGCCAAAACGAAGGCAGGAAACACGGUACUGAUGGACGCAGCUCUCGGGGGGCACGACGCCAUCGUCAAAAUGCUCCUUGACAAGGGUGCAAACACGAGCGACAGAUAUGAGAAUGGACAGACAGUCCUUCAUUUGGCAGCUCAAGGAGGAUCUACAGGAGUAGUCAGCUGCCUGUUGGAAUGCUGCGAUGCCGCCUUGCUGAGCGCCAAGACUGAGGCAGGAAGCACGGCACUGAUGACAGCUGCUUUCGACGUGAACAGCGCCAUUGUUAAGAUGCUCCUUGACAAGGGUGCCAACACGAGCGACAGAGAUAAGGAUGGAUGGACAGUCCUUCAUUGCGCAACUGAAGGAGGAUCGACAGAAGUAGUCAGCUGUCUGUUGCAACGCUGCGAUGCCGCCUUGCUGAGCGCCAAGACUGAGGCAGGAGAGACUGCACUGAUGCGCGCGGCUCUCAGUGGGCACGAUGCCAUCGUCAAAAUGCUCCUUGCCAAAGGUGCCGACACGAACGACAGAAAAAAGCAUGGAUGGACAGUCCUUCAUUGCGCAGCUGGAGGAGGAUCAACAGAAGUAGUCAGCCGCCUGUUGGAACGCUGCGAUGCCGCCUUGCUGAGCGCCAAGAGUGAGGCAGGAACCACGGCACUGAUGACAGCUGCUUUCGACGGGAACAGCGCCAUUGUUAGGAUGCUGCUUGACAAGGGCGCUAACACGAGCGACAGAGAUAAGGAUGGCUGGACAGUCCUUCAUUGCGCAGCUCAAGGAGGAUGUACAGAAGCAGUCAGCUGCCUGUUGGAACGCUGCGAUGCUGCCUUUCUGAACGCCACGACUGAGGACGGGGAGACAGCACUGAUGACCGCGGCUGCCUGUGGACACAGCGGCAUUGUUCGACUGCUCCUGGACCAGGGUGCCGAAACGAGCAACAGAAGAAAGGAUGGCAACACAGUCAUGCAUGCUGCAGCUUUUGGAGGAUCGACAGAAGUGGUCUGCUGCCUGUUGGAGCGCUGUGACGCAGCCUUGCUGAGUGCCAAAGCCGAGGAUGGGAGGACACCGCUGAUGGUCGCAGUUGACAAGGGGAGACGACGCCGUUGCGGGGCUUCUGGAGGUCGAGAGAAGUCAUUCCGAAGAGGGCUCAAUGUCCCCGACGAUCGAU